AUGAGGCUAUUAAUUCUAUGUCUUCUUAAGACUGCAAUAGAUUUGAUGUUUCCCUUUCAACUGUCUGCGGCGAUCGCUAAGAAGAAUAGAACAAGAUUUUUUAUAUCAGGCGAUAUCGUACUUGGAGCUCUAAUUCCGGUGCAUUUCUCGCCCAACUUAGCCCCUCAUCCAGGGAACACAUCAUGCCGAGGAGUCUUCCAUGUUCGUGGAUUCAAGGGAGUGGAGGCCAUGCUGUACGCAGUAGAACUUAUCAACAACGAUUCAAACCUGCUUCCUAACUUAAGGCUGGGCGUUGACAUUAAAGACACAUGUGGCAGUAUUGACUAUGCCAUUAUGGAAAGUUUAAGUUUUGACUUUAUCAGAAACGCAUUUGCUGAAAAUGAAUUCGCAGGAUGCGCUGAAAGCCGGGAAGAAGUCCCUCUGCGGCAAAAUAACCACCACAGUGUUUCGCAAAGGUUAAACGAUUCAAGCUCUCAAUUGGCGAAUUCCAGUUCAUCGAAGAGUCAAAAUACUACUGUGUCAGGUAGGGAUGUAUUGAUCUUAAAAGUCGCUUGAGUAAAGUUUGUCUUUUCCGUCCUUAGUCUACCAAGCUGCUCAAAUUUUAAAAUUUAUCUUUGAAAUGAUGUUUUGAUUAUCUUUCCUGGCACAAACUAAUGGUAUUCUUUGGUUUAAACGGUCAAAUGAGGAAAGGCGCUCGAAUUAUUCUUUCUUUGCCACGUUUGUGAAUUAACUACUUUUCAUUAAACGUGUAGAAACCCGGUGUAACACUCUUGUGGAAUAUUGUGUUUAUUUGUUCUGUAUUCACGUUAUGACAACUGUUGUUCAGGUCUUUUAUCAUAUUCUUAUCAUAUUCAAAGUUCACUGAUCCUAAAAAUGCUUUUGUCGAGCUUUUUAAAUUUCCUGCCUUUAUAAGACUAUGAUGAACCCCGAACAUACGGGAAAAGAUUUUUCAUAACGCGAAUAUACAUAAAAAAGCGGAGAAUGCCACAAAAACAAGAAAUAUAUUAGGCGUACGAAAAAGACACGAAAAUAAAGUCGUUAGCUUUUAGUUAACAGUUUUUCCUGUUAUAUACAGCUCAAUUUCGUUGGCCGGAAAAGUAUCAGAGAAAACCAGCUUUUACGUUCAUUCGACAGAAGGUCUUCCCUGAUCAAUAAAAAGUUGAAAAUGACUGAGUACCCGAUUAUUAAGGCGUUCAAUUUAGUCAAAGAUAUCAUUUACUGAACUUAUUCUAAUUCUGAUAGUAGCUUUGGCAGUAUUUAGGAGAUAUUGAGCUAUUAUAUAAGGUGGAUAGCCAUCUUCAAUACACCGGCGGAAAUCAUAUUUUUGCCUGUUCCUACGGUUGUGAUAACUGAACUAUCACUGAUCAUCACGUAACGGAUGAUACAAUCGCCAUGCAUGCAAGUAAAAAAAUUAAGCCAUAAAGCCGCCAUUAGGUUCAUGAACAAAUAAGAACACAAGUUUCUCUUCGUUUAACUGAUCAUGAUUUAUAUAUUUUUUAGAAAUCAUCAUAUCGGUGGCCUCCAUACAUAUAUCAAAUUUUAAGACUGAUCCGUUGAAUGAAAGUCCGCCAGCAAAAUGGCAACUAUCUCGAUCGAUCUCUCUCAUAAUGCCCGCUCGUAUUUUUUUCGCGUAUAUUGCAUAAAAGCCUACUUCCGCACAAAUCGCAAACGUUCAAAUUUCUAGACAUCUUCUUUUGCGUAGGUUUUUUGGGCAAAAACUCCAAUUGUAGCUCUGACGAAGACAAGGCGACCCUCGUUUGUAAACUGAAAACGAAAAUCGCAUGCCUUGGGUUUUCUGUCAACAAUAUCAGCUAAAAACAAAAUGCCCUGCCAGUGUAAUUCCCGCUCCAAAAUUUUAUAUCAACGACCCCCAGCAGUAAAUGUGUUUUGGUAGCUAGAAAAAACUUUAGUUCCAUUUCCUAUGAUCUAGAAAAUUUUCUAGCGCGUGGGCGGAUUUACAAAUUUAUUCUUUCUUAUGCAAAAUUAUAACGCUUUCUUGAACUUUACUUUUACGCCAAGCUGUAUAAACAAGAAGAGAACAAGUUUUCAGGAAAGCUCUUCAUUUAUUCUCGAUAAGCCAUUUGUAGAAUUAACUUUUUGGAUAUGAAGAACUAAAGUGGUCACAUCGAGUAUUUUCAACUUGAAUAUGUUAUACAGUUCAUCUUUAAAGCUAAAUUGGCACUGCAAACAUGUUUCGAUUAAGGCGUUUAAUUACAUAAAAUUAUAGGCGAUUCUGAGCUCACAUUAAAAUUAAAUGUAAACCUCCAGGCAAAAACUGAAGUAUUCAUGACCUUAAAUACAUGUUCAGGGCAUUCUCAGUUUUCUAAUGAGAUAAGAUGGGUUUCUUAGGUUUCGGUGGCUUGGAUGUCAAUCAUUUUACGACAGGACGAACAAAAGGCUGUAAUUACAAGCACCAAUCUAACUCAGACAUCUGCAUCUAAUAUCCUGCAGAAAUUUAAGAAAAGUAGAUUAAAAACAGUAAAAAGAAAGCGUUUGAGAAAUGCACUUGUAAGCACGAAAUGAUCAGAAAUGUUGUGAUGUUGCUUUGCAACUAUUAUAAUGUUUGUGAUAGAGAACUGACAAUUUAGAGGCAAUUCUGAUCGGUUGGGUCUUUAAAUAUUGAAAUAUUGUACAUUAGCAGAAAAAACAACCAUGAUGAUCGAUACUAAGAGUUAUCGCCAGUUCAGUAAGCUCAAACUAUUUUUAGAUUUAACACCUUACCAAAGGUAAAAUAUCUACAUUCGAAAUGUCUUCCUUUGGCCAAAAUUGAAGCAACAAAUUAUGUCGCCUUUGUUGUUGCGAUCGCCGAGUAACAAUUGUGGCCGCGUGGCUUGUUGUUAGUAAAAGAUAAAAUAAUAUAUCGUAUUGAAGAAUGAACUAAUGAUUAUGUAAUAAAAUUUUUCUACAAGUCAGCCUCUUUUGUGCCUGGUAUUGAUAUUCUAAUACGGGUCUUAUUUGUCCUGUCAAAUUUACUCUGUAUCUUAAUAAAACAUUCUUAUGGCAUGGGCAGAUUGUACAGAAAUAUAAUACAGCACAGGAUCAAUCCUUUUAAAGGAAUCAUCAAUAGAAAUUUUUUGUCUGUAACUGAAAACCCCACUUAUCUUUCAGAAUGCUGUUUCAAUAAAACACUUACGGCAGCGAUCAUUGGAGCGGCUUUCAGCGGUGUUACCAUGGCAACAGCGAGCUUGACAGCCCUGUUUCACGUACCUGUCAUCAGUUUUGCGUCGACAAGCCGCCUUCUUAGCGACAGAACUCGGUUCCAGUACUUUUACCGCACGGUUCCUUCCGACAACCUCCAAGCUCAGGCGGUAACUGGUUUGCUUCACAGAUUAAAGUGGCACUUUGUAAUUGCGCUCGCAUCGGAUAAUGAAUAUGGCAGAUCUGGGAUUGCUGCGUUAAAACAGUCAAUAAAUAGCCAGGAAGUACACCGUGUAUGCAUCGUAGUAGAUCAGUUAUUCUCUCGGAAGGGAACCAAAGAGGAAAUGAGCAACGUUUUGAAUAAGAUAAAGCAGUUUUCACAAGCGCGGGUGAUAAUCCUUUAUGCUGAAUUCCCGGAUGCGGUGUAUUUUUUCAAAGAAGCAAAGAAGGCAGCCCUGAGGGAUUACAUGUUCAUUGCUUCAGACAGUUGGGUUGGCUCGUUGGAAGUUAUUCAUGGUGCUGAGGACGUUUUCCACUCGAUCAUAGGUUUAAGACCGCCUAUUAUCAACAUGUCGAGGUUUGAUUCAUUUUUCAUGAAUCGCAUCCGAAGGAACGAUAAAGAAAACCCGUGGACUGUUGAUUUUAAUAAAAGCUUAAUUUGUGAAGACGAAACAGUUAAACAAUGUGGAACAGACGUUCACCACGAUGGCUAUGUGCCUUACGUCAUGGACGCGGUAUUUUCCGUAGCGCACGCGCUGCAUGCCAUGCUCAACUGCAGCAAAACUGCAUGCCAAAAAAGAUGGGACAAUAUUGAUCCCAAAAACCUCUCAGAGUACAUACGGAAAGUCAAUUUUUCUGGAUUUUCUCAGCCACGUAUCUUCUUUAAUAAAGAGGGCAGUACAAGGGGUCAAUACGACAUUUAUUACCUCCGCAAUAGGAGUUCUAAGUACGUAAAAGUUGGUACAUGGAGGAAUGGAACGCCUUUUCUGAAUUUUGAAUUAGUUAAAGCUUCGGAAAACGAUUCUUUUGACAUUCCAGCCUCGCUUUGCAGCCAAGACUGCAAGAAAGGUAAUGUUUGAGGUGACCAUGAAAAUAACGCCAGAUUCGUUCUGAAAGUUCAGAAGUUUAUUCACGUUUGAACAAUAGGUGGUUUUCACGUUACGUCAUCGCCGCCAUGCUGGUGGACGGUAAACAAAAGAUCGCUCAUUAGCUCGCUUUGUUUGUCCACCAGCAUUUGUUCAUUUCACCAUUGUUAUUUGUGUCUCCCGAGAUUGCAUGAAAAACACCUAUUGUUUCUAGUUGGUAAAUUGCAGGCAUUUUUUUUUUUACCAGAAUCAAGUAAUCAUUGCUCGUACCGUAUCUUUUGAAUCAUGAAAUACAUAUGUCGCAUAUCCCUUGUUCUUUUAUAGGAGAGUAUAGGAUUCCUAAAUCGCAGUUCCCAGAAUGCUGCUGGGAUUGCGCAAAGUGCGAUGGGAAGUCCUUCACCAACACGUCAAACAUGACCAACUGUGUGGAAUGCCCUGAAGGAACUUGGCCCACAGCUGAACACUCGGACUGCAGGCCCAUAGAAGCAAGGUACCUGCAUUGGGGCGAAGCUUGGGCCGUUGCCAUAGUAACCCUGUCCUUAACUGGAUUUACUCUGGUGGUCGGUACAUGUCUCGUUUUUGUAAAAUCCCGGGGCACUGCAGUUGUGAAAGCUGCGAGUCGACAGCUUAGCCAUGUUCUUCUGCUGGGAAUUGUAUUGUUCUAUCUCACUCCACUUUGUUACAUUAUUCGACCUUCUGAGAACUCGUGCAAAUUACUUCCCUUCAUGUUUGGAAUGUGCUUUGCUUUGGUCGUAGGUAAGUUACGAAUGUUAAGUUCCGCCUAAACUGACUAAGAAGACCUAGUCCAGCCUCAUGCAAGGCUGUCAAUGGGGUGAUAGCUUUGACGGUUGACGGCAGUAGAGUAGAUAUUAGAGAGGUUACUAAUAAGCUUCACGUUUACGUCAACAAAUUUGUACCACGUGACCAAAUUUUCGCUUGACUUGUCGAUCACUGUUCAUUAUUUCGGCACAUAAAUUAGUAGUUUCACGCAAUUAUUUAUCCAUAAGAAUUGUUUUGAACAUUUUUUGUCUGCGCAUUUUCUAUUUUGAGAAAUUCUCUACUUGAAUCUGAUGUUUGCAGUCUGCCGUACUCUCGUGAAGCUUAAACUCUCUAUUCUAUUUAUUAUAUUAUAACGACUAGUUUAUUGACGAAAUCAAGCAAAAUUAAUUAGGAGGGAACGAGUAGACAACUGACAAUUUGAUUAACAAUAAAGGAUGUUUAACAGUGACAAUAGACGGAUCGAGAAACGCACCAAUGACAUUACGAGUCCUCAUAGCCAAUAGUGCCACUUGCACUGAGAGGUCACGUGACCAAUGCUUUCUUUAAACAAUGAGUUGGAAUCUUGCUGAUGCCUAAAAUUGAUAGCCUGAAUUUCAUCCGAUUACUUCGAGUCGUUAUUACUCCCGCAGUAACGUCUGAAUCGACCGGCCGUUAAUACCGUCCAGUGACGUCACUACUCCUUGACCUUUGCCUUAAUUCAUGCAAAAAGUAAAACACGAUUUUCAAGUGGCAAACCGAGAAAUAUCGUUUGGAAAUGUCUGCAUGAUACGGAACUGCUUUAUUUUUUUCCAUUGUAAUUCAUGUUUAACGUUCAAACUAUCAACUGCAUGCCGUACAACUCUGAACCGGUUGUACUAAAUUCUAUGAUCAAACUCAGUCGUAGUCAUGCGAUCACGCCAUGAAAUAAACACACACACCAGGCGCGGAUCUGGAAUAAAUACAGACCGAUUUCCUAAACGAGGGCCGAAGGCGCAAGCACUAUCUAAGGGGGUCUGGGGGGCAGGCUUCCCAAGAAAUAUUUUGGUGUUUAACUCUUUAAGUCCCCUUUCCUGGGUUUUCGAGUCACUCAGGUAGCAUAUUGCCCAGGUUCCAACUUGGAAAGUGUUUUUUAUUAUUAAAAAUGUAUUUAUUAUGAAAAAUCUGACCGAUUUCCGUAAAACGGUGGAAACCGGUGUGGAUCCGCGCCUGCACACGGAACACUUAGUUCAAAAACACAGUGAUUUGCUCGAUUGAAAAGAAGCUAUUUGGUCGUUAACGAAGAAAAAAAAAACAAGGAGUCAAGAAAGAAAAGCUAACAGAAUCAUUAGACUUGACGAUAAAAAUAGCAAGAAGGUCGAAUUGUAACAUUGACCUCAGAAAACCUCGCGUAAACAAAAUCACCGGCCCCCGAAACCACAAAGCGGCUCUAAAUGAAAAACCUACCGACUCUCCGCAAUGAUUUUUCAUUCGCAGUUCAAUUUAGCAUUUCAGUUUCCAAGACAAGGGCAAUUUUGCUGUUUAAGAUAUUAAGAUUAAGCUUAUCGAAAUGUUUGAGCUAAACGAAAGAUGCCGCUUAACACGUAGAAACACGUAGAAUUGAAUAUUCUACGUGUUAAGUUACUAAUUAUUCAAUAAGUUUGACAAACCCUGUAAUGGAAAUGUGAAUAAAGUGUUGUUGUCGCUAAAUUUUUUCAUAAUUAUACAUAAUUAUGCGAAUGUUUAAACAAUCAACCAAUCAAAAUCACUACCCGGUUUUCGGGUAGUGAGUGACGUCACUGGACGGCAUUAACGGCUGAUCGAUUCAGACGUUGUUGAGAGGAGAAAACGACUCGAAGCAAUCGGAUGAAUUUCAGGCUAAAAAAUUGACAGAGCACGUAAAAAUUAUCUUACACCCGAAAUUUGAGAGGAAACGCAUUUAAGGGAGCUAUUUUAUGGCACUUUGUAUUGGCCGCAUACUCUUGCCCUCCAACAUGGCGGCCAAAACUACUUUUUGCUUAUAUCUCGUUAAACGUUUGAUAGUUACGCUCAGAUGUGCUGUAAACGUCACCACGUCAUCGUUUCAACAUUUUCCUUGAAGUUUAAGUGCAAAAUUUGUGUUCAGAAAGAGGUAAUUCAUAAAAAAUCACAUUUGGUCACGUGACCAGCUACAAACUUACUCAUUUUAAGAAAAUGGUGCGGGUCUGAUACACCAAAUCGCUAUUAUUUUGUUUAAGAUACGACCCUCUAAUCGUUUUUCGAAGACAAAAUCAUAUAACUUUCAUUUCAUAAAAACGAUGUCACAUGACUUCUUAGUGCGAAUGGCCUAUAACAUCACGGUUUAAGUGACAGGCGAUCAAUAACAUGGCGACUUAAUUGACCAAUCAGGUUAAUAACCAGAGUUUAAUACCAUCAAAUGUCGUGAUGACAACCGCACAGGUUGUCAAAACGUCAGUCACUGAAAACAACAACAGUCCUAUUCAGGACUACGUUCACCCGGAUGAUCAUACUCAACCUACUUACAAAAUGACUCUUGGCCAUGGCUUCCAACCUUUUCCCACUUCAAUAUUAUUCCUUCUUUGUUAUGAUACUAUGACAGUGAAAACUGCUUUAACUUUAAUUUGUCAGUUUCUUCCGUGAUUUCAUAUAUUAUAUAUGUAAUGCAAAAACAAAAAAACAACAACAACAACAACAACAACAACAACGAAGACAAAUAGGAGCUCUGAAGACUUUACUUCAUAUAGGAAGUUAAGGUUGAAACGAUAAAGCAAUUACAAUUUUCCGUGCCUUUUAGUUUUUCUGUCUCCUUUCUCCAUUUUCGUUCUUCAUUUCUUUUUUUUUAAAAAGGUGAUGAUCGUUUACUCAUUGUUUGCCUAUUCUUAACAGGAACCAUUCUCAUCAGAACCAACAGAGUUUCUAGGAUUUUCAAUGAAAAGCUCCUUCGAACAGGAACCAUCAGUUGCCUAAGCAACUACUGGCAACUCUUUAUACUUGGAUGCCUGCUGACCACUGAAUUCGCACUCUCAAUUGCUUGGGUGUUCGGGCCUUCGACCAGUGCUUUCAAAGAAGUUAUAUAUUCGGAAUCUUCUAAAGAUGCCUCACUCGUAUGCAAUCUAACUGGAAGUCAAAUCGGCUUUGCUUUGUGGCUGAUCUACAAUGCAGGUCUGGUCAUUGUGUGCACAUAUCAAGCUUUCCUUGUGCGCAAAGUGCCGCAGAAUUAUAACGAAUCAAGACUGAUAGCCUUCAACAUGACCACUAUGUGUAUAACUAUACUCGUCUAUAUUCCUUCUUACAUGGGAACCACAGCUUGGUACAGAGCGGUCAUUUCAAGUCUUAUGUUCAUAUUUCUUGGUACCCUUACCUGGGCGAGUAUCUUUGCACCAAAAAUUUACAUUAUCUUGUUUCGACCCCACAAGAACAUUCCAAUGCGUCCGUCCGUUAGCUCUAUCACGCUCGGGGUUAUAAAGCCAUCGCCAACCGUGGUCAGCAGCUGCAGUGAGCAAGGCAUGCCCAGUGGACCAAAUUCGUUGUCAGCAGACGAAUCCUUGGAGGGCAUAUGGGCUACUUUUGGGCCAUCACGUGACUCAAGCGAUGAGCGACGGGAAUCGGAUUCUAGAGGCUCUGAAAGCGAGAAUACUGCUGAAAACACAAAGCCUGAUAACGCAAGUACAGACUCAAUAACCAGAACUGAAAACUUUGAAAUGCCUGGUCGGAAGAAGACAUCUGUGGUCCGCUUUGAAGAUGGCCUUACCAUGAAUAACAUUCAAAUUAACGACGGGCAAAUUAUCCCAAGGAAAAAGUCUAGUAAUCAAGCUGGGAUUCUUCGAAAAUCAAACACAUCAGAGAACUUUGAAGACUUAAACAAUGGAUCAACAAGAAAGAAGAAAACGUCUCUCGUUCGCUUUCAAGAUGAGGUUGCAAACCACUAUAAAUUCAAUGGUCCAGACAGCAUUAAUACUUUCAAUUUUCCCUCCCAAAAUGAAGAACCUGAUGAAGUUAGUGUCGAUGGAAUCAAUUUUGGUGAAGAGACGGUGAACGUGGCGACACUUUCUCGUUGCUUUCCUGUUCCAAAGUUGUCCGGUGACAAAAGAAACACGCCUACUGGCUGUCCUGAACAAGGAAGAAACAGGAAAAUUUCUGUUUUUGCAUUUCAAUAAAAG